AAAAUUUUGUCUAUCUAUUUGUGAAAAGCCGAAUAUUAUACAUAUUCAAACCGAAAGACCUUUAGUUUAUUGAUAAUUCUUAUACAAUAUCUAAACAUCUAUUUUAUUCGAUAGAGAAAAUAGUUUUCUUAUAUGCUAAUCAAUUACACUGUAAUUUGUUCAAUAAUCACAAAGGCUACGUUUCGCAGAUCGUAUUUAUCAGUGAAACAUUUUGCCUGAUAACAGAAGACUUGUGAGAUUAGUGCAUCAGAGGCAGCUUACACAAAAGUUGACCUCUGCUACUCAGCUGCUGUGCUAGUCAUUUCCCAACAUUAAUCUCUCGGUGGAAAUCAAUAUGAGCGAAGGCGAAGAAACUCCACCCGCGGCACUAAUUACGGAACCGGUAGCUCCACCAAUAGUGCCACCUAGGGAGCAUUUAAUUACCACAGCAAUAAAGUUCCUCAAUAAUCCGAAUGUAAUGCGUAGUGCCAUCAAUCAGAAGCAGGCGUUUCUACGGUCCAAAGGUUUCACUGAAGAUGAAAUACAACUUGCCUGCGAACGGGCCGGAGUUUUCACCAACGAUCCGAAUGUGCAAAACCACAAGACGGUGAUCAAUAUGGGUGUAGGAUCGAAUGGUUACACUAAAGCACAAUAUGCCAUCCAACCGCAUCAGACGUGGUUCGGCAAGAUCAAGGAAGUGCUUAGCUCGGUAGCGCUCAUUGGUGGACUAAUGUAUGGCGUGUACUUGUUCUACAAGAAAUUCGUAGAGCCGCUGAUUUUCCGAAAUAAAAAGAAGAAACCAGUAGACGAACAAAUAGCUGACCUCAACAAAAAUGUCGAAGUAAAAAUAGACAAACUUAAUUCUGAGUUGAUAAAAAUCAAGGACGAAUUGAGUCGAGUAAAUCAGUCCCAGUCUGCCACCAAAGAGCUUACCAAUUUUAAGACGGAUCUAGACUCCAUUAAAGGACUCCUUCUAAAUAGGAAACAAUUUGCCUCGCCAAAUCUUCCAGUGUUACCUCCGUCUAUCCCGGCCUGGCAACUUCAGUCCCAAUCUCAGGAACAAACUCCCAACAGCGAAGGCGAGCCGGAUAAGAUUGACGAUAACGAUACUGGCUCCGGAUCUGGUUCCAGUGAGCAUGAUGCGGUUCUGAAAAACAGCGAUAGUAGCCUAGAGAUAAUGUAAUACUUUGCUCCGACAGUACUGUUACUGCUCUGGGGCACGCGCAGGAAUGAAUGCUUUUCUUUCUUUCUUCACAGAUCAUAAAUUUAAAACGGAGAAAUGUUGGCUGGCACAGGAUAAUGCAACGGAGGUGGAAGAUAUAUUAUCUGGUAUUUUAGAAGAACUAGUUCUGUUAGUUAGUGCAAGUGUGUGAUUUCUCUAAUACAUAGUUGGAUAUGCAUUUCAUACCACAUUCAGGUAUAAGUUUUGCAGUAUGAAUAGCUUUCUUUUUGUUAGGUUGUUUCUUUAAUGUUGAGCAUGAACAGGAGUGGUACGGAAAAUUAGAUUUAGAAAGAAAAGUUCUGUAAACGGAUUAACUUUUAACUAUGAAUAAAAGCCAUAGCAGUUGAAUGACAAGGAAAAUAAACCCUUACCUGUCUUGAUAAGCUACGCA